AUGGCGUCCGCGACGAAACCAGUGCAAGUUUUUCGAAAUUUACUUAUUGGAGUAAGCAAAACCUACGACUAUUCUGCUCAGCCAAGACAUAAGAUAGAAAAAGUCCUUACGCUGUAUUUUGUUUGUUUUUUUUUCUUACAGAAAAAGCUGAAAGUACCGUUGCGUUAUCCCAAUGAUCAGGUCGCAAGGUAAGUAAUUAUAACAACUACAACAUUAACUUUAUUUAAUUAUAUUGAACAGAUGUAAUUACAUCAAUAUGGGAAUUUAGGAAACCCUUACGGGCUUUAACAAGUUUCCCCUAUUGUUUGCUUUUUUUAUCAGGUCUGGACGCCAUAUGCAGCAUAAUCUAACUAUAAAUCUAACUAUAAAAUAAUUUCAAUUUAUAAACUUGCACACCACUAAGCACUGUUGUGACAGAAGAUUUCUUUUUUAUACGAUAUUGUGAUUUUGUGUUCUUUAAAUCUUCUGGUAUAGAGUUCCACAAAUUCGUUCCUUUACACUGUAUUGAAUAAUAAUAGCUAAAGCCGUAGCUUAUUAUUAUUUAGAGGGUCGUUUAAGUGUACACUAAUCACAAUGAUGACUGCUCUCAGAACAUUGACAAUUUCACGUAACUCAACGUACUUUCUUUGUUCUUUGUUGGUUCUUUAUCAACAAACCCCAGCCCAACCUCCAUUCAGGGGACAUUUUACAGUUACAGGUGAAAACGAGGCUGGAGUUGACCUUGUUUUGAUACAACCCUUCUGGCUUUAUUAUGUAAAUAAUGUGGUUCUUAUACUAACUAGAACGCUUCAAGCAUAACUUCCAUUACAAACGGAAGGAGGUUUGUAUCAAAACAAGGUGAACCUCAGCUUCAUGUUCACUCAAAGGCUAAAAUACUAAGUCCACAAUUGAAAAAUGGUCUAUCUUAUUGUGAGGGUCCCAAGGGUGCCCCCUGAAUAGGUUCAAUUGUAAUCUCUUACAUGUUACAUAAUAUAACAUGUUCUAUGCUCCACCUACUUACUGGCCUGCACAAGGGGCAUUUAUGUGGGGUGUUAUUUAUUCUUGACUCGUGCUUCUAUGAUGCCGGGGAGUGGGGAUGUUCCAUUUGUUAUGUACACCCCACCUAAGGAUGAUAAGUUUUUGAAUGGGGGUUUGGAUUUUUUCAUCAAAGAAGACGACAAAAUUUUGACCCUUCGGAAAAAUUUUUCAAAGGUGCUGACAAGGAAUGAACCCUUCUGAUUCAUUUUUCAAAGGGUGCUGACUAAAAUUUAAGGGUUCAGAUUCCAGUCAUCCUUAGUGGCGGGGGGGGGGGGGGGGGGGGGGGGGGGUAAAAAAAGGGAACAUCCCAGAAAACACAAAGCUUGGGGCUUAAAAAGGGGGGAGUGGCAAAAGUCAUUUUUUCCCCUUUUAAAGGAAAGAAAAACGAGAAUUUUUCAAAACCACCCCCAAAAAAGGCUCGCCAACAAAAAAAAUCUUUUUUUUUUUUAUAUAGCCUACCCUUUUUAUAGUGGUGUGGAUUUUGGGUGCUGUUUUUUUAAUUUAUGAAAAAAAUAAAAAAGAAUAUUUUAUCGCUAAGAAAAUUUUUUGAGAAGGGGGGCAAAAGAAAUUUCCUUUUUUUGUUUUUUUGUGGGGGGGGGGGGUAAAAAAUUGAGAGGGUCGGGAUGCGUGUUGGGGGGGGGGGGGGGGGGGGGGGGGGGGGGGGGGUGCAGUUAAAAAAUGGAACAUCCCAUGAAACACGAAGCUUUGGGCUUAUCAAUGAGGCAGUUGGCAAAGUCAGUUUGUCACCAUUUAAAGGUAAGUCACAAGCUGAUGUUUCAAGCACUACCUCCUAAAAAGGCUAGCAAUCAAAUCAUCUACUUUUGUGUCUUAAUGAGCUCACCUUAUUAAACCAAGAAAGUUUGGUAGGCCAUCAAGUGACUGGGCAAUAAUCUUGGAUUGAAAUUAGGAACACAAAAAUUCACCUCAGAUGAUGAUCAAAUUUAUGUUUUGGAAAUUUAGUGUGUUUCUGCAGAAUAUUGAAAAGACGUAACAUUAUUUUUAUUCAGAACACAGCCAAACCCCAGCCUUCCUGAUGGCCCAGCACACAAGCUAAGUAACAACUAUUAUUGUGAUCGAGAUCUGAGACGAGCAUCUAUGCCUCCUACAGUGCUAUAUGGUGGCCAAAGGAAGCUGUUGGAAGGAGCAUCGCAGACAGGGUUAGUGUAGUGUAGCAUAAGGUGAUUCGCUGAUUUUACACUAUGCAUCUCUUACUGCGCAUAACAAGGUGGCCGCUGUGAAAAAGAGCAUCUGAAGUAACAUAAUAAUAUUAAAAUGAAGUUGACUGAAGAGAAACGCUUUUGGAAUUUUUGCUUGCAUAUGUUUCUUGCUGAAAUGAAACUCAAUGUGUUGAGAUUAUACAUAAUGUAAGCAGUGCGCAUGUUGCUGAGUUUGACUUCCUCAUGGAGAACCUCGAUAGUAGAUGUUAAACUUGUGCUAACUCAGGUUGAAAUUUAUUUAAGCACCAUCUUUAUCACAUUGUGUCCCAACUGUGAUAUCUCGAUCUAAAUUCUGUAAAAAUGGAUUUCUUAAUGCUUUCUUCCCCCCUUCAUAUACAUGCCAUUUUGAUACUUGCCCAUGCAGUCCUCUCUCUCACAAAUAGGAGGAAAUGCAUUUGGUGCACAUUUUCUUCAGCUCUACCGCAGAAAUGAGUACGGCGACCUUGAUUUCUUAUUCCAUGAUUGUAAUAGGAACAGUGCUUCCUUUCAAUGAGAAAAAAAGGCAUAAAUCUAUGUUCAGUUUUCUGGCAAUGUUGCUAAAUUGUACAGAUUGAGCUAUUAAUAACAGGUCGAAUAACGUGUUUCCAAUGCAAAUUAAGUCUACUUUGGAGUGUACAAUAAAAACGAGGGCAUUUAAAGGCAUUUUUCUGGUACAUAAGUGAAUAAACAAUACAUUGAGUCAAUUUCUGUGCGAUACCACAUUGAAGAAAUCUCUCCGUUUUGUCUUAAGUUUUGGGCUGGGCACUGUUUUUGCCAAAGUGCCAUAAAUAGCUGUAUUUGCCAGCAUUGUGAUGUUAAAAUGAGCAUGGUGACCCCCCACUUUUUAUUACUUUUUUAUCAUCGUUUUGACUUGUUACAUCAGUGUACCAAGUUUCAUCUACAAUCUCUGUUAGGUUCUUUUACUAAGGAAUCACCUUAAGUUCUGCCUGUAUCUUAUCUUUGGUUAGAUGCUCAUAAUGUCAACUAGAUACCCCCACCUCCACCCCUGCCAGAAUUUUGACUUUCUUGACUUUGCAAAGGGCAACCAAACACCAAACACCAAGUGUGGACAGCCCCUACACCAUCCAAGUUAAGUUCUAAGCAGGGUUAGAAACUGGAUGGGUGACCAAUGUUGAAUAUCUUGUAUUGUAGACUCCUAUUGCAUUUGUUUCUUUCUUUCUUUAUGUUUUGUUUUAUUGCCUGUACAGAGAAGAAACUGCACAAAGUGACAGAAACAACUAUGACUAUUCAUGACUUGUUCAUACCCUGUCCCUGAGCUGGUUGAAUGAACAGCCAUAAAUAUCCCGUCUUGUCGACUCCUCUUUCCUUCUUUCUUUAAUGUUUUAUUUUCAUAUCUUAUUGUGAAAUGCAUAUUGCAAAGCAUAUUCAUCAUUACUUUCACCCUGAAAGGAAAACAAAUGAGUAUGAUGUAGAGCAGUGUACAAGGUAGAGAACUAAAACCGGUCUUAAAUCCAUCAGACCAAAAAAGGGCCAAGUUCAUUGUCAGCUUACCUUGGUGUUAUAUAAAACAAAAGGCAGGUUUUAGGAAAAUAAGUAAGGUUUAGAUGGACAAGGCUUACAUGGCCUACAGAAACAAAAUUGUUUGUGAAGUGAGACACAUGAAUAACAAUGAUCUCUUACCUCAAUUUUCACUCUUGUUUGAUUAGAUAAAACUUAUUGUGUCAGACCCUUUUUUUAAAAUUAAAUUAUGCUUUAUUUUCUCUUUCUUUAAAAUUAUUUUGCAGGGAAGAUGUGAAGUUUAUUGCUGCAAAGACUCCUGGGAAAGUUUAUGAGGCAGAUGACUGA